UAAAAAAGAAAAAUAGAUAAAUAAAAAAAAUAAGUAAACACAAAGUACUAGAACAUGUACAAGCGUGAGCUAUUUAGUAAACACGGUAGACAGUGACAGGAUGUGACGGUUCUGCUUUGUGGAAAAUAAGCUCUAGUUUCACAGGUCACUCCAAACAAGAGCACAAAACAAAUCCGAUUAUAUUUAUUUACCAUCCAUUAUAUAAAUACUGUAUAUGUUAACAUUGUAUUAGGUGACCUGUGUUUGGAUUUACAUGUUUAUUAAUUAUUCUAAUUCAAAAAUAUAUAUAAAUAUAUAUUCUUUAAUUAAGUAUCUUAUCAGCUGUCUUAGUCAUUGCCUUCUGUCUUCACCUCUUCCUUUAGUUCAGUCUCUACACGUCUACAAGCCUUUACGAUACGGACAGUAAGACAGUUUAUACUCUUUCACAGCCCUUAAACUGUAAUGGCAAAUUUUCAAACCAGAAAUCUUCAACUAGAUCUCUGUGUCAUCAUGAUUCUGCUGACUUACACAGAUUAUUCCAAAUCAAAUCAAGAGCAAAGGAUUCGGCUGCACAUCGAGAAAACAGUGUUUGUGGGGGAAACAGUUACACUUCACUGCAACAAAACCCCAUUUGAUGACGAUUUCACAUGGAAAAUUAACAGCUCUAUUAUUUUUAGUUAUGACUCGACCAAUAACAGAUCUAUGAUAAACUUCAGCUCAAACAGGAUUCACAUCAAUCCAGCUGUUUCAAAAGAUUUAAAAAUACAUCAAAUACAAGCGUCUGAUGCAGGAAACUACACCUGCCAUCCAGCAGCAAUAGGAUGGACAUUAACAAUAACAGAAAACCAACCAUCAUCACCCAAACAAAAGCCUCUCGACAUCAUCAUCAUCAUCAUCUCAUGUUCUGGAGUUCUUAUGGUCUUUCAGAUAUUCACCAUCAGCUUCUGCAUUCACAGGAGAUGGAAAAAAAGAAAAGAUUUAAGUCACAGAGAAACAGGACAGGACUUUUCACAGGCACCAGCCAGAGGGAGGAUACAGACUCAAACCAGUCAGUACUUUGAGAGAUACAACUCGGUGUAUGGACAAUUAUGAUGUCAUUUUUUUCUUUUCUUUUCAGAAAAGCUAAACAUUUUACAUCAGAACUUAGUAGCAAUUGCCUGUGUAACCUAAGUCAAUUAAACAAGUACACAAGUGAGGGCUGGACUUUUGCACGCACUGAUGCUACAGGGGUUGAAAGUGUUGUAUACUGUAGCACAGACCACACAGUGAAGUACACGAAUAAAACACGUGUUAUCUGAAAACAGCCACAAGAAUUGCAGUUCAUCACCUAAACAGGCAUAUGACUGACAAAGGGCAUUAAUGUUCCAUACUGGACACACAAAAUACAAACCUUAACCAGAAAUAUUUUCAGACACACAUUUUCUUUAUUUGCCAAAAAUGGCAGACUCUCGCUUUACAUUGGGUCAUUUUUGUUAUAUAGUCCAAUAUCACUAAUCACAAUCCAAACAACAUCAUUGUUUUGGCUGAUCACUUGAAAAUACAUAUUCGUUUUCCUAUAAAUCGUUAGAAGUAAAGUUUUAUAAAUUAUUACAUGUUUUAAAAUGAGAAAAACGUAUAGAUUUGCAUUUGCUUAUUUCAAAUAUCUCUGGAGAGUAUUUUUUUUAACCCAAAAUAGGGUGUUUAAUAGCAUUUUUGAGUUUGCAAUGUAAUGUAUGUCUCGUUCAUAUACAGCCUCUCGUGUCAUACUCAUAAACUCAGAUUCAUAAAAGUUAUGAUAAGGCAUGUCGGAUAUCGCUGUAGCAGAGUACAACAUAGACACGUUGUUGUGACUGAUGAAACAGGAAGACAAUAAAUGGUUUAUUUGUGUUCUUCUAGUCAUCUCAGCUAUUUUCAUAAAAAUAAUGUAUAUUUUUAAUGCAAUGCUAAUCGACAUACUAGCCUCUAUCACUAGAAUACUUAAAAAAAUUAUAUAAUUUCUCUGCCUCAUUCGCGGAUAGCUCAAAAUGCGUAGAGAUAACACGCCACCUGACUCGAAAGUGGCGUAUAUGUUUACGCAAAAGUCAUGAUGUCAUGUUGGAUAUGAAGCCACUUCAGAUAAGAUCACAAAAGGAAGUUACUGUAUAUCAAACACUCGACUCUGAUGAUAUGAAGUGAGUUUGGAAAAAAAAAAGCGUGUCAUUAAAUGUUUGCUUUUGUUGGAUGUCACACUGUACAGCCCUACACAAAUGCCAAUGUAUGUCACAUGAACAGUAUAGGCUACCACCCUUGCUGUGUAAAUGGAACAUUGGGCUCAAACCAUUUCAAUUGGUCCAAUGGAGCAAUUUUUUUAUUUGAAUUGGUUUACCCACAACAGCUGUGUUACAAAAUUAGAGAAAGUAGAGAUCGAGCACACUUUAUUCAUGCAUUUUGAAAACUUAACAGAUAGUGUUUCUCAGUCAGGGGGGCUGGGAGCCACUAGGGGGCCUCAACAAACUUCUGAGAGGGACCUUAAAACCUAAAACUUAAAAGGGUUUAAAUGUCUCCAAGUCAUAGCAUCUCCCCCUUUGUUCGAGACAAUAUUCAAAGGCCCUUCUAUCUAGGCUGAUAUACUUUUACAGGUAUGUAGUAAUACAAAUAGCCUAGUUUAAACAUGUUGUCAGUUUGAUGUUGUAUAUAUUGAAAAAAGUAUAUAUUGAGGUUUCCGUAAAUAUCAGUUGUACGCAAAUCAAAAUCAUAUUAAAAGCAAUGGUCCCAAAGAAAUUUUAGACCACUUGAGAUGGACUGAUCCAGUGGUAGCAUGCAUAUGUGAUAAAUAACAGUAGGCUAAAUGGGUUGGGGGCAAAUUAAUGUUCAUAAUUUUAUUUUGUGUUGUUGAUUUCUACAUGUGAAUUAUUGUACUGUAUGUUUUGGAUGAUUGUACAUAAUGUAAAACCAUGAUUAAGAAAAGAAAUCCUUUCUAUCAGACAAUGCAUUGGUGAAAUAAAUCCAGUCUGUAGGAGAAA